UGCCCAUAUAACCUGCCAAAACCGAGCGAACCACAUCCUGUCAACGUUGGUGGCAGGCGAUCCAAGGAAAGCGAUGACGGCGUACGACCCCAAAGACGACGUCAACCGCCUCUUCGCUUGCUUCAAAUGUGGCGUCUCCCCUCCCAAGUCGGCCUUUAGGGAGAGGCCGCUCCUGCAGGCCAAGAAGUCAUGGGACUCGCCCGUGUCGGAGACUGCCGGUAGCGAUGGCCAAAGCUCCUCCGAGGUUUCCACCACGCUAGAUGCUGCGACGUCUUGUGCUUCCACACCGGAUGCCGCAACGAACAAGCGCGGCACCGUCGUCGACCAAUUCUACAAGCCGCAAGCACAUGUCCCCAGUCGUGUUCUACGACUCCCCUCAGGGUGCCCAAGUUAAAAAGCCGCGGAGCUUCCUGAGGCUGCUUCACGUGAUCCGCAUUGAUCUGAAGAAGCAAACCGACUUCAACCCCAGGGAUGUUAUUUGGGCUACAUUUCCUAGGCAAGACGAGGAGAUCAGGUUCUCUAAGGCAUACACACAUACCAAUGUCUUUUGCUAUCAAGAGCGUAUGUCCGGUACGAGAAGGUUCCUUGUGUCUACAUACGACGAGUUCUGGAAAAGGUACAACGAUAUGGAUUCCAAAACUCGCCAUCACUAUGAGGUUAUCUAAGAGGUAAGCUAUAUCUUUUGUUGAUUCCAUGUUGAAAUGGGUUGCAUGGUAUUUUGCAAGCAAUUCUUUUUUGAAAGAUUGGUUUCAUGUUCUAUUCCUAGAUUUGAUGUGGAAUAUAUAAGUAAAAAGAAUAGUUGGUAAAACGCAUAAAUGUCCUUGACCUUCCUUUACAGUGGAGGUUAUUCUUGGGCUGCCAAAUUGUUUCAAAAUGAGUCUUUCCUUAACCUUGGGUAAUGUGA